ACCCCAAACUCCUCCUUCUUUUUCUCCUUGGACUUAUGCUGUUUUUUUGUGGAGAUUUGCUGAGCAGAAGUCAAAUUUUCUACUAUUCUGCUGGGAUGAGUAUGGGAAUUUUGGCCUCUCUACUAAUCAUCAUUUUUAUACUGUAUAAGUUUAUGCCCAAGAAAAGUCCCAUUUACGUCAUCCUGGUAGGAGGCUGGUCUUUUUCUCUGUACCUCAUUCAACUAGUUUUUAAAAAUUUACAAGAGAUCUGGAGGUGUUACUGGCAGUAUCUGUUAAGCUACGUCCUCACAGUUGGAUUCGUGAGUUUUGCGGUGUGUUACAAGUAUGGACCCUUGGAGAACGAACGCAAUAUCAACCUGCUGACCUGGGCCUUGCAGCUGCUGGGCCUGUGUUUCAUGUACUCCGGCAUCCAGAUACCACACAUUGCCCUUGCCAUUAUCAUCAUUGCUCUGUGUACUAAGAACCUGGAGUAUCCUAUUCAGUGGCUGUACAUCACCUACAGAAAGAUGUGUAAAGCAGCAGAAAAGCCUGUCCCUCCUCGUCUUCUGACAGAAGAAGAAUAUCGGAUACAAGGAGAGGUAGAAACCCGAAAGGCUUUAGAGGAACUCCGAGAAUUUUGUAAUAGUCCAGACUGUUCUGCUUGGAAGACUGUUUCUCGAAUCCAGUCUCCAAAAAGAUUUGCUGACUUUGUGGAAGGCUCUUCCCACCUCACACCAAAUGAAGUUUCUGUCCAUGAGCAGGAGUAUGGAUUAGGGAGCAUUAUUGCCCAGGAUGAAAGCUAUGAGGAAACAUCCUCUGAGGAGGAAGACUCACAUUCCCACUGCCCCCCCAUCACACAAAACAAUUUCUUGACUAAACUCCUGUGAAAUACAGUUUCCAUCUUAAGACCAGUUUUUCCACUGUUUGGCAUUCACGGUGAGUAAAAUCGAACUCAAUAUAUUACUCCCUGUCUGGUAGUUGGAGACUUGAGCUGUAGGCGGUGGAGGUGACAGUUGGUCCUGUAGCAUGACAAUUGUUCUCAGAUAGAGAAGGAUGAUGUUUCUUGUGUGUGCUGUGUGUCCUUGCCCUGCCUGCCUUGUGGCUCUGCACAGAUGCUGCAGUGCCUCUGUGCGCCUGGAGAUUGCUUGACUUCAU